GUCAAUUUGUUCUUCAUAUCUCUCCCAAAAUCCUCCAAAACCUGACCAGAGACAGAGAUAUGAACAACCACAGCAGCAGAACCUCAGAUUUCAUCCUGCUGGGACUCUCUUCCAACCCCCAGAUGCAGAAACCCCUUUUUGACAUCUUCUUCAUCAUGUACAUGGUCACCAUGGUAGGGAAUGUGCUUAUCAUCCUGGUCAUCCACUCUGACUCCAGGCUCCAUACCCCCAUGUACUUUUUCCUCAGCAACUUAUCAUUCAUGGAUAUCUGCUUCACAACAGUUAUUGUGCCCAAGAUGCUAGUGAACUUGCUCUCAGAAACAAAGACCAUCUCCUACGUGGGAUGUCUAGUUCAGAUGUACUUCUUCAUGGCCUUGGGGAACACUGACAGUUACCUGCUAGCCUCCAUGGCCAUUGACCGACUGGUGGCCAUCUGUACCCCUUUACAUUAUGAUGUGGUGAUGAGGCCACACUGCUGCCUCUUCAUGCUCCUGGGCUCCUGCACCAUCUCCCACCUACAUGCCCUGUUCCGUGUUCUUCUCAUGUCUCGACUCUCAUUCUGUGCCUCCCAUGUCAUUAAGCACUUUUUCUGUGACACCCAGCCCGUGCUGAAGCUGUCCUGCUCUGACACAUCCUCCAGCCAGAUUGUGGUCAUGACUGAGACCCUGGCUGUCAUUGUGACCCCCUUCCUAUGCAUUCUCUUCUCCUACCUGAGAAUCAUUGUCACUGUGCUCAGGAUCCCCUCUGCAGCUGGAAAAUGGAAAGCCUUCUCUACCUGUGGCUCCCACCUCACUGUAGUGGUCCUGUUCUAUGGGAGUGUCAUCUAUGUCUACUUUAGGCCUCUGUCCAUGUACUCAGUGGUGAAGGACCGGGUAGCCACUGUUAUGUACACAGUAGUGACUCCUAUGAUGAAUCCUUUUAUCUAUAGCCUGAGGAAUAAAGAUAUUAAAAGAGGUUUGAAGAAGUUAAUGGACAGAAUUCACUCAUAG